UUCAUAUUAGAUUUAUUUGAUGUGAUGUUGCUUUUGAUAGAAUCAUGAUGUAAUUGAACUCCUCCGAGAAAGUGCAGCGAUGAAUGGGGUCCAUCAAUGGUUGCUUUAUCGAUCUAUGUCUCUUUUCUGCCCACCCAAAUCAUCUCUUUAUAAACUAUAUGGCCACCUCUCUGACCCUGUUCGGAUUUUUGGUAUUUCCAGCAAGAUUUCGAACCACUUGAUUCCAUUGAGCGAGGCUUCGCUUAAUGCCCGAAUGCUUAUAGAGGCGAAAUUAGAUGGUUUACCAAAGAAGGUUGACAAGUGGAGUCGUGAAGUGAUCGAUUACGAAGCUGAAUUCCGCGAACCUGAUGUCCGUAACGGCAUUGUGACAUGUGCAGCACUCUCGAGGGAUGGUCGAUACAUUGCACUUGGGCUUGGUAGCGGUAUUAUUGAGAUUGCUGAUAUUGAUGAUCAGCGUACAAUCUCUCAGUUCCAGAAUGAUCCACCCAAUCCACCAGCAUGGAUUGAGUUUAACCAUGGUCAUCAUCGGGUCACUACCGAGGAUGUCAACGGGAACAUCGCUAUCUAUAGCCAUGGUGUGCUCCCUGUGAAACUUGGCACUCUCCCCAUAGGUGCCUAUCCUGUUGUAACUGCAGUCUCAGAUAGUGGAUUCUUCAUUAUACGAGUCCUACGGGAUCCUGGAAAGCCUUGGUACAACAAUGUGGCACGUAUAUACAUUUUAGGUGACCGGCACAUCCAGCUCCUUGCCUCUCCUCCAUUGGACUCUUCCAUUCCAUCCUCUCAACCUUCCAAGCCAGCCUUUCCUGAGCGUCACACGAUUGCGUUUUCUCCAGGGGCACGAUACAUUGCUGCCUUUGAUGGGUACAACGCUUUCACCUGGUCGACAGAAUCAGGUGAUUUUAUUACACAUUAUGACAUACGGGGAGACAAAUCUUGGAUUAUAAAUCCUGGUAUGGCUCCUACUUGCCCGUAUCACAUCCCUCAUCCGGUAUCUACUCGACCCACUCUUCCAUUGGCAGGUGACACAAUCUCUGCACAUCAUUCCUGGGUGGAUGCGAGGCCUGACUCAGAUGAGUCUUGGAUCAAGCGUCCAUUUUUCCAUCCCUUACCAAAACAUGGAAGGGGCUAUUCAUUUGCCGCAGGAAAGACCCCACUAGUCAAUGCUUUUUAUAUCCCCCAAUCGGUAUGGUUUAAUGGUGGCCCGCAACUCACUGUCCCACGAGAGUAUUACGUUUCUGUCGGGGCAAACAGCACCAAUGGCAUACAACGCUGGUAUGGCGAUCAACUGAUCAAUAAUAUCAACAAUUUCUACCGUCCUCAGUCCAGCAAGGAUGGUACUCGAUUUCUGCUCCAGGGCCAGAUGAAAGCUCCCAUUGUCGUCGAUAUUGGCCAAGCUGCGUGGUAUCCAAGUGCCACGUUUGAUUUCCCAGUGCCUAACAGUUACUCUCCUUGUAGCACCGCAUCCGACAUUUCUUCCCCCCACGAAACAUCUGAUAGUCCCUAAGAUCGACUGCUUUAGUGUUUCACUUUUGUAUAGGAUUUCGC